AUGGCAAAAACAUACCUCGAAAUUUACCCAGAUACGAACCUAUUGAUCUUGGAAUCGGCCGAAUCAAUAGGAGGAACUUGGUCCGCUGGCCGACUUUAUCCAGGCCUCAAGUCGAACAACCUCGUGGGUUCUUAUGAGUAUAGCGAUUUCCCCCUGGAUAAAGCUUCCCUUGGCAUCAAGGCGGGUGAACACAUUCCGGGGCCCAAGCUGCACCGGUAUCUCCAACAAUUUGCUGCCAAGUUUGAUCUGACAAGAAGAACCAAGCUCAACGCUGCUGUCGACGUGGUCGAAAGACUUGCGGACAACCGUUGGAAGAUCACUGCUAAGCUCCCCAGCAAUGUCACCGAGCAGUUCGAGACGGAUAAACUUAUUCUCGCCACCGGUCUAACCAACCGUCCCUUUGUCCCAGUAUUUCCCGGACAGGAGAACUUCCAGGCACCAUUGUUUCAUGUCAAGUACUUGAAAGACGAGGCUGACAAGCUGAUCAAUUCAUCCAAGAAUGUCAUCAUCUUGGGUGGAUCCAAAUCCGCCUAUGAUGCAACCUAUGCUUUCGCUACCCAGGGUGUGACCGUAGACUGGAUCAUCCGUGAGUCUGGACAUGGUACAAAUUAUAUGUCUCCUCCCUAUGUGACCCCACUGAAGAAAAGACUUGAGGGCCUGGUGGGUGUUCGCUUUCUGACUUGGCUGUCGCCCUGUAUAUGGGGUGAUCAGGACGGAUUCUCUUGGAUACGUGGCCUGCUCCACGGCACCCGCGCGGGCAGAUUUCUCGUCGAUGCCUUCUGGAAGAUUUUGACCAGCGAUGUGAUCGAACUUUCCGGGUUUGAUAAGCAUCCAGAGACAGCCAAGUUAAAGCCCAGACUUUCUGCUUUCUGGCACGCCUCAGCUUUGGGGAUUUUCAAUUACCCCACAGACUUCUUCGCACUCGUGCGCGAUGGAACUAUCAAAGUGCAUAUUUCCGACAUCGACCAUCUCUCGAAAAACACUGUUCACCUGGCAAAUGGCACCGCUGUCGCCGGUGACGCUUUCAUCUGCUCAACGGGCUGGCACCACCGACCAUCCAUCACGUUCCUCCCUGCUGGUAUCGAUGCUGAACUUGGCCUGCCAACUGACUGCAGCGAGUCUGAAGCGUACCUAGUCAAGCAGGCUGAUAAGGAGAUCCUAACUAAGUUCCCUCGCCUGCUUGAUCAACCAAACGUGCUACACAAAUACAAACCCCUCGAUUCCAUCGAUGCAGAAUCAGCAGUAUCAGAACGCCCAUAUCGGUUAUAUCGUUUCAUGGUACCCCCUUCGAGCAUUCCUACGCCCUCGAUCGCGUUUCUAGGAAUCGUUUUGACAAUCAACACUGUCUGCGUUGCGGAAGUCCAAUCGCUCUGGAUCACUGCGUUUCUCAACAGCCGGCUGCCCGCACAGCGGCAGGCAGCAACCCCUCCCGUGCAAGUUCGACAAAGACUCGACCCUGACUCAGUCGCGUAUGAGACUAUCUUACAAACACAGUUUGGAAGAUGGCGCUAUCCUGGCGCGUUCGGAAAGCGGCACCCAGAUUUCGUUUUCGACGCCGUCCCAUACAUAGACAUGUUGUUGAGGGACCUGGAUCUGCGAUUCAGAAGGAAAAAGGGCUGGUGGGCUGAGAUCUUUCAUCCCUACGGGCCCGAGGAUUACAGAGGCAUGGUUGAUGAGUGGAGGGUCAAGGACGCACAAAACAAAUACGAAUAA